CGUCGACAGCCGUUGUUGCUAUCGCUACAUCUGAAAUUUCUCAUAGAGGAAAAACACUUGAAAACAAAAUGUCCUAGGAGGUCGUGAUCUCUGCUCUACAGAAACACUCAUUAGUGGGGUAGUUGGCCAUUCAAAAAAUACUUUCUCCGUCAGCGGGAUCCAGACUGCAGUCGGGUGCAAUGACUGCACAUUUUUAACGUCGGUGGAUUCAACAUGAUAGAUUUUUUUGUUUGUUUCCCCAUAAUGUUUCGACGGGGCUGCUAACUCACACAAGUAGUGACAGCAUGUUUGGUAACUUAAUGCAGUAACAAAUUAUUAAUGCAAUCGGGGUUCAAAAAUUUCCCCCCCGGGCCCCGAAUUUCGAAACCCGAUUGGCAAAAUGCACCCCGAUUAGGGUCGGGGCCGAUCCCUAGAUGUGGGAAUGGGAUGGGAGCAGUUUCAAUUUUGACUUACUGGCAACGUCGCUGAGACAAAAAUGGAGCGAAAUGUCGACGCACUCCUUUUGAAUAACAUUGUGGACUCCUUAAGGUCAUCUGAUGUAGAUUCGAUCUCAUCCACCUGCGAGUUCCUAGAAACCGUUGUGAUCUAUGACUUCCCUGCUGAAGCAUUUCUUCACCAGCGAGAGUUGCUUGUCUGUCUUUUAAAGUUGUGUCAAGAUGUUGACCCAGUCAUUGCAGAUGCAGCUUGUAGUUGUUUUGAUUCCAUCUGCAAAAGGAUAGUUACACAAUUUAAAAGAAAGGAAAAACCUUCUUGGAUAACUGUUGUGAAGCUUAUCACUGAAAGCAGUUCAGCAAGAGAUCCUGGUGAUGGAAUCGAAAACAGUCUAUUGACGUUGUCAAAUCUUUCUGUAAUGAUAGCAAAGGCAUGCCAUCAAAUGCUCAUCAGAUCAUCAAAACCAUUUGAUCAUAUUCUAAAGCUAUUAAAUACUGCAUCAGCACUUUCUGGAAUUGUCAAAUCACCCACAGAAAACAUGGAAUUCUACCAGAUACUGACAAGUAUAUCUGCUGCCUUGCGAGCAUCUUCAAGGCAAAACUUUGCAACCUUUCUUCUACUGUUGGUUACCUCAAUUCAGAGUUGCCCAGUUUCUUCAUUGAGUACUGAUGUUGUAUAUGAGAUAUACAAUGGUCUCUUAGAUGCUUCCAUAACACAUUACCAUCCAGAGUUGCUGGAAAAGUGUAUAGCCGUUCUAAAAGAAAACCGCCCCCUCCACGACAAAUAUGAAAAAAUCUCCAACCUCUAUGUAGCCUUCCAGAACCUAGCAAAAUUCCUCAAAAACAGCGACCAGGAAUAUGAUUUGGUUCCAGUAAUUUAUCUACUAAAAUUGGAUGAUGCUUUAACGGAAUCGUUGCUGCCCUGGGUCUUCAAACAUUUGAAAGAAUUUGGAGGAAAACCCGCAAUUACUAUGACAUUGUUAUUGCUCUCACAGAAAGAGCCUAUACUCGGACAAAUUUAUCAGCUUUUGGCCGAAAUCGCCUCACCCAUGAAGUCUAUCAACAUUGGGCCUCACAUUGGGGACUUGUUUGUCGAUGAAGCCGUUGUGAGAGCCAUUGCUAAAGGAAUGUGCUCCGAGAGUGCUCAGAUUGCGCCGAUUGCGGAAAAAAUUCUGGCGUUAAUACUGAAAGGUCGAGUGUGGAUGAAUGAUCAACAAUGGCAGACUUUGGUGACUACCAUAAUUCCAAAGUUGAUUUUGGAUAUUGAACCAAAUAUACAACACUUUAAAAUCCUAAGGCCACUCUUAUGGGACCUGAUAAACCAGUCACAUUGCACGUCCGACGAUGCUGAUGGCUGUCCUCGACUGGAUCUCAAUUUUGUCUUGAGAUUUUUAAUUCGGAAUAUGUCAAACCAAGAUAUCUUGCGUGAUAAAUCCAGUCUGAGUCUGAUUUCUAUCUUAUGCCAGCAGCCACAAGCUCAUCUACUUCGUCCGCGAAUAUCCGCCCUCGAUCCUUCCUCUCUAUCAGAAAUAUUUUCAGGCGAUUUGACUGUUGCCAUUGAAAGUACAGCCAAAUUUGGGGUUUCCACUUUGACGGAAACAAUGCAAGCCUUAAAAGGUGCUGAUUUGGUAAUGGCAUGGACCCACCUAACCAAAUUGGCAAUCAUCCUUGAAGACAAGGACCUCCAUCAAAUCUUCCUCGACAACGGAGGAAUACCCAUACUUGUUGAUUUUCUUCACAAAUCUCUGGUUGUAUCGGAAAACGAACCGUUUCUUUCAGUCAUGUUAGCCAUCGUCAAAACCUUCUUAUUCGUCGCUCACAUGAAUCCCGCAGCGAAGAACGCUCUGGCUUGGGACAAUGAUUUCAUGAUGGACUUGUUGAGAGCCACAAUGAUGACACGGCAGGAUCUCAUUGCCCGUCGACAUUGUGUGGCGCUUUUGCGAUUGCUUGCCAUUGAAGAAAAUCCUCCACCACCGGAACCUGUGAUCGAAGAAUCUAUUGAUUCCGCUGGUUGGUAUGAAAUGUGGUCCAAAGCUGUUGUCAGGUGGUCAGCCAAGUUCAUUUUUAACGCUGAACUGUCCACCCCGCCUUCGGUACCAAGUGUACCGCCUUUCCUGAAAUUGAGCCCAGCCGAGUUGGAAGUUGGGACGUCUGCCAACGAUUGCGCUUUGGUUGAACAGGCUUUAAGCCGAAUAUGUAACGCAGAAGGCCAUCACGACGUAAGUGAAGCUCUUACGCUUCUCCGUGAAGUUUUACAACGCAUCAAUCUGCUGCCAGAAGUCUUUGACCUCGAAUGGCAAGAAAGCCUCGAAACUUUUUUCACCGUUCAUCCGGAAUCAACUAGUGAUGAGAAAGUCUUUACGUCCAUUCUCGAAAUGUUGAUGCUUUCUUUGGCUCAAAUGGAAAAACUGGAAAACGUGGAAGAAUUCUGCCUGUUCAGCUGGUUGCGUUCUAUAAUGGUUGACGGGAAGCACGUCUUCUGGAUCCUAUUCCAAGACCGCUGCCAGCAAUUCAAUAAAGCUGAUAAUGACAGCCACCUGUUACCCUUCCUGCUCCGCUUCGUAUCAGCCACUGUGCGGUUGAUUGGUUCACAUACACCAUCAGGAUCUUUGGCGCACGUGCUGGAAAUCCUGUGCAAAACAUUUGAACAAGACAAUCAAUCCCAAGUCUAUCAACUGAAUUCACUGAAGCUUAUCCUCGAGUGCACAGUACAUACUGCGGCCGCUAUUUUGAAAUGGAAACCGGCGUCUGUGGAUCAAGCUAUUAUCGCCAGUUUACUCAAGCACGCCACGGCCACUCUGGUGUCAUUCAGUAGUAAAACUCACAGCAACAAAGGGCGGAGCGUGGUUCAAUGCUGUUCCCAGCUUAUUAAUGUGUUGAUUGCUCUAAGUCAAUACUGCAGCAGCAGCUGUGUUCAUUUGUCUGAUCUCGACUGGUUAAUAGUUCUACUCCAGCAUCCAGAUCCGACUGUCAAAACAGCGGGUAUCAACACCUGCACGCAGCUUUCGCGUAACGUACACAUCACGGAUGAUGUUGCCGAAACUGUCCUGUCAUUUCUCUUCAAUACUGAUGAAAACUGCAGUGUUGUUGAGCAGGCGUGUCUUUUGUUAUCCCAACAUGCCUCACGGAUGACGGACCAGGCCGUUCGCCAGGUCGUGUUAAUGGCAUCGUCUUCUCGCAUUUGUUUAAACCAGUCCUUGUUGCGAGCUCUUCUUCAGCUUCUCAUCAACUGCACUCACGUUCAAGCGGCUUCCGCUCACGUCACAGCAAUUGUCAAUGAUCUUAUUCCAAUUCUUCCAUCUUUAUUAAAUAACGAAGACACCAUUCCAGACGUCAAAGCCGCAGUCCUCUGUCUUUUAUAUCGGAUAGCUCUCUUACAGCCUAAAAUAGCUGUUUGGCUUCUCAACGAAUUCGAGUGCGUCACAACAGCCGUUCAAUCGUUGUUUUGCGACAAUGAAAAUUUAGUGGGUGAAGCAGCUCUUUUCGUCACGUUUUUAUUGCAAACUGAAGGACAAUCGUCCAACAAAGUGUUCCAAGUGGUUUUUCAUUCUGUGCCGCAAUUGUGGGAUCUGUUUUUUUUCUUAAGCGAUCGCACCCUUUCUCAUCCAGCCGCCCGACGAGUCUUGCUCUUCAUCCAAACUGUAUUGACAGCUGCAGUGAAAUCUAAUCGGAAUUUGCAGCUGGAUCCCGUUUAUGUACAGCACUUUUGUCAGUGGCUGAUACCUCAUCUUCCUGCAAAAAUCGACAAUUCUCUUCGUCAGAGUGUGCUUCAAGCUCUGGGAUUGCUCCUACUGUGUUGCUCUACUCCGACAAAAGAUACAGUUAAGUUAACUUCGGAAUUCAUCAUUAAAGAAUUGCAGUUGUGCUUAUCUCGCAGUAGUGACAAGUACAUAGCAGCUUUGCUCAGCUUAGCCCACAAUUUUGUACUACGCCACCCUGAAGCGGAGCAGGAAUUACUAAAGAGUGGCAUUUUCCCUCCGAUUAUAGAAAUUUGGAAGACGAGGAGUAGUCGUGAAACGAAUGUAUCAGUAUUACUCUACAUGAUCAAUUUUGAAAAAAUCCUAGUUGGGAAGGAGACUUUAAAAGAGGUUAGGGUAUUGCUUAAAUUGAUGAUGGAAUAUUUAGAAGAAAAAGAAGCCGUAAUUGCUCGCCAAUCGAUGCCAGUUAGCGAUGAAGAUUGGAACAUCAUCGAAUCUAUCCACGAGCUUCUUUUAGCCUCUGUUUCCUCUUUGGAGUGCCGCCGUAUUCUUGCCAAGUACAAGUACUGGAACAGCAUAGCUCAAACUUGGCAUCCUGUCUACCUCAAACGGAUCAUCAACCGGCAUCAGCACGGUUCACUAACGACGCUAAUUCGUCUACGAGCUCGUCUUCUAUCUGCUCUGACUGUCUUCCCGGAACCUGCCUUGCCCGAUUUAAUGGACAGCAAGGUUGCUGAAACUCUUGUGGAUGUGAUAUCCCAACCAUACGGUGCCGAAAAGCACGCACUUUCCAUUUUACGGAAUAUGGCUUUCCACAACAACUACAAGACGCCUUUGCUGUCGGCCAGCAAUGUUCUCCCGCUCUUCGUACGGCUCUUAACGAGCAAGGCAGCCAUCGACGAUGUUACGUCAUCUACAAUGGCCGUUACAGCCUUGAUUUCUUUGGCGUCGAAUAAUCAACGUGUCAAAAGCGACGUACGUGCGAUGACAGCAGCCUGGUUUCAGAGGAAUCCUUUAGUCAUUAAAAAAGACACCACCAAGUUUCAAAGCUUAUGCCUCAAUUUACAAAAACUUAUCGAUGUAUAAUGGUUUUAUUGUUGUUUAAUAUAAUACUUGAAUUAUA